CCACAACAUGCAAAUCCACUGUAGUUAUCCACACCAUCCAUUAUUAGAUUAUCCAAAGAGUCAGAGACAAACACCAUAAAAUGCUCCCACAAUUACAAAGAUUAUCUACAAAGAUCAAUAAGAAAUUAUCUACAGAGAUUAAAUUCAGAAUUCGCCAUUCAUAUUGCUUAAUUUAUUGAACUGACUACUUCUUACAUCUCUAAGAAGACAUAGCACAAAUCUAACAGUCACUACAAUCUGGUCAGAGAUAGUCUUACCAUCUCUGUAAUCGUUUUGAUACAUUCUUGCACCACAGAACACACACAAUAGCAACAAGUAGACAACGACAUAAGUUUUGAUGUGUGCGAAUGUAGAGGGCAAGACAGUGAAGGCCCAAAUAUGGGACACAGCAGGUCAAGAGAGGUAUCGAGCCAUCACAAGUGCAUACUAUAGAGGUGCAGUGGGAGCCCUCCUGGUCUAUGACAUAACCAAGAGGCAGACCUUCGAAAAUGUCCAGAGGUGGCUCCGCGAACUGAGGGACCAUGCUGAUUCCAACAUCGUCAUCAUGAUGGCUGGAAACAAGUCUGACCUGAACCACCUCCGAGCAGUCUCAGACCAAGACGCCCAGCUCCUGGCCGAGAAGGAAGGCCUUUCGUUCCUGGAGACCUCAGCCCUGGAGGCACCCAACAUUGAGAAGGCGUUCCAAACAAUCUUAUUGGACAUUUAUCAGAUAAUCAGCAAGAAGGCACUGGCAGCUCAGGAGGCAGCCACUGGGCUUCCGGGUCAGGGCACAACCAUUAAUGUCGGAGACUAUACGAGUAAUUUGAGCAGGAGAACUUGUUGUUCUAAUUAACAAGAAUAAGUCUACAAACACAGAAACUGGUCGCAAAACUGGACACAAUGGUCAGUUUCUGUUUAAUAUCAGGGAGGGGACAUAUGAGAUGAAGUUUUUGUUCAAUCAUGACAGCUUAUAUGAUACAAUGUGACAUGAAUUUUUCUCUAGAGGUCAUGUUAGACAACAUCUAGUUCAUGAACACCAUUGUUGAGUUGCACGCAUGACAAUGCUAGCUAUCUCCCUCCUUGGAACUUCAAAAAAAAAAAAAAGUUGGGCUGCAAAGUUGGUGUCUCGUCACAGACAAAGGGAUGGACAACUGUUCAGUUCUUAUUAACAUGUA